AUUCAUCAUUUGGCUAAACAAAUUCAAACAGUUCCUUUCGUGACGAGAAAUUAAAUUUUGAUUUUGGAUUUCUCAAGAUGCCCUUCACACCUAAUGACGAUUGGCCCAUGUGUCCCACCAUCAAUUAUAUAUCCAAUGAACUGGAACGCACUCACCUGGCAAGGUCACCGCAGGUGCUGCAGGAAUUGAAUUCCAUAACUGAAUCCUGGAAUGAAUUGGGCCAAGCCGAAGGUGUACGUCUAAAGCACCAAUUGAAUGUGGAUCUAUAGGAUCUAAGUGGGCAAGAAUACUAAUAUCCAAAUCAAAAUAAAAAGACAAAAGGCUGAAGCAAAAAAAAAGUGAGGUUAAGUCGUAAGCAACACCUGUCGAGCCGUUUUUUUCACCUGGCAAAUUAAUCAUGGAAACUGUUACCAAAAUACUCCUUGGAAAAUAAAUAGUAAUAAUAAAAACAAACAAAACUAAAA